AGCAAUAUUGGCCAUUGGGUGAUUAUCGAAAAAUGGGAGUUUUGUGAAGCGGGUGUUGUAAAAAUUAAUAAAUAUAUUCCUCAUUUUAGGACAAUUUACUUUUCGAAUUUCAUAUGUAAUAAGUAUGUUAUACGAAAAAUGUAUUAUUUUUAAAUUAAUGAAAUGACGUUAAGUUUCAAUAUCAUAAAUAAUGAAUUUAUAGGUGCUAAGUAAAUUUUAUUAUGUUUAAUGAUGUAUGAAGCUAAGAACCGUACAUAUUUAUUAUUUAAAUAGGUAUACAUUGAUGAAUACAUCUCCAUAUAAUGUCGUCUCCAAUAAGACGCUUAUGCCAUUGGGGUCCAAUUGCAGUUUUAGGUAUAAUCAAAUUGAUAACAUGGUCAAUGGUACAUUUGAUGGGGAUGUGGUGGCCACCUCACGAAAGUCUCGGUGCUGCCUUACAUGCGGCUAUGUUCCUAGGUUUAGCUGCUUCUACUCUAUACUACUUCCUACAGGCCUUACUCGAAGGUCCAGGCUUUGUGCCCUUGGGAUGGAAACCAGAAAAUGAGGCUGACACGGAUUAUCUGCAAUAUUGUACAGUUUGCAAGGGAUAUAAAGCGCCGAGAUCACACCACUGCAGGAAAUGUGGCUACUGCAUAAAGAAAAUGGAUCACCACUGCCCGUGGAUUAACUGUUGUGUUGGUCACGCAAACCACAGCUACUUUACAUUGUUCCUAAUAUCAGCUGUACUGGGCUGUUUUCAUGCUUCUAUCGUGCUGUCCAUAUGCCUGUACCACGCAAUCAACCGCCUGUGGUACAUCCACCACGGUACGGGCCAGGAGCCGAUGAUAUACCUCACUCUGACCACGUUGCUGCUCACUCUGCUGGCUACUGGAAUGGCUAUAGGUGUCGUCUUGGCUGUCGGGACUCUUUUAUAUUUGCAGGUACGGGGCAUAGUUCGGAAUCGGACCACAAUAGAAGAUUGGAUCAUAGACAAGGCGGCCUGCAGACGAGAAGAGCAGGGUCUGCCUCCCUUCGUGUUUCCCUACGAUUUGGGGUGGAAGAAGAACGUGUACCUGCUGUUCCACGGGUCGCAGUACGACGGGAUACGGUGGCCCGUGCUCGACGGCUGCGGGGAAUACGACCUCACGGUGGAGCAGCGCGCGCAGAAGGCGGACAAGCGGUCGCGCGCGCGCCUGUACACGGCGAGCCGCGCCUACUCGGGCCGCUGGCUGCCGCUCGUGGCCUUCCCGCGCGCCGCGCUGGCGCCGCCCUGCACCGACGAGCCGCGCCUGCCGCUGCGCCGCGGGCAGCCGCUGCGCGCCACGCGCCAGCGACGGCACUGGCUCUUCGGCGAGAAAUUGACGGAGGCAGGUGAAGGCGUGCGGGGCGCGCGGGGCUGGUUCCCGCGCGCCGCGGCCACGCCCACCGCGGCCACGCCCACCGCGGCCACGCCCCCG